AUGACUGCCGCGGGAGUCUCCCCGUCUAGCUCCCCACGCCUCCCGAGUCCGCCCCCGUUCACAGAGGUCCAGAUUGGUCCUCAAUCGCCAUCUGUCGGCGAGCCCUUUGGCAAAGAUGGAGAGCAGUUUCUCGGAGCUGCUCCUGGAGAGGAAGAUGGCUCAACGCGCAGGAUCCGUCCGGGGACCAAAGCCGCUGACAUGGCCUUUGGACCUCCAUUGAUUCCUCUGUCGCAGCUUGACUCGCCUUUCCAGCUCCAGGAACACCUCAAAGCUUUGUACCACCAUUUCACCAAACCCGAAGGUUCUGACGUUGUAAUCCCGAUUACCCGCGAGGUCGCAAUUCAACUCGCCGAGCCUCCAGAGGGUGUCGAUCGGUCGCUGUGGCUAUACGAACUAUGCCGCUUCCUGACUAUGAAAGUGAACAACUUGAUUAUUGCUUUCUUCUCCGAGAGCCCACCUUGUUCAGCGCAGACCUGCCCCGAGAUGCGCGCCUCCGAAUGGCAGUACCUUUGCGCCGUGCACGACCCUCCUAAAUCAUGCUGCGCUAUUGAUUACUGCUGCCACACUCUCGAUUGGGCCACUAAUACUCUCACCUCGUCCAAAUACUUCCCCAGCCGCUUAACGUUGGGCUCGGAGGCUGGCGGCGGUCCUCAGUCCAGUAUCAGACACCUGACCAAUAUCUUCCGUCGCCUGUACCGUAUUUUUGCACACGCCUGGUUCCAGCACCGAGAUGUUUUCUGGGAAGUCGAGGGUCAUGAUGGAUUGUACGUUUUCUUCAAGACGGUGUGCGAUAUGUUUCACCUCAUUCCAGAGGACAAUUACACCAUUCCACCCGAAGCAGAAGGUCCCGAUGCUAUUCAGCCCAAGUUGGAGGAACAGGUUGACAGCAAGCGGUUGACUAUUCUCCGUAAGGAAAAUGAGAAUUUCCUCAGCAGUGGUGUGGAGGGAAUGGACCCAUCAAUUAGCACGGGAGCGACUACUCGAAGACACAAGCACAGUCCGUCUACCGGAUCGCGAGUCACGACAAUCACAGAGAGCAUGGAAGAUUUGGAGGAGACUCCGCAUAUACAGGGUCCUCUACGUGAAGUGAUGAAGGACUCCCCUGAACCGCGCCCUCCAUCUGCUGUUGAGAAUCGCCCCAAGACCCCACCUCCGGCCGAACCUGUUGAGCCAUCUAGAGAAGAUACUUCUGAGACAGGUGAACCACCUUCCGAGGAAAAAGAACGGGAGCAGGAGCAGGAGCAGGAGCAGCAGAAGGCUGUUCAACAGGAACAGGAACAGGUGGAAACUGAGACCCAGGAAGCAACUGAAGACUCCCCAGCAGAAACUGAGGAGAAACAAGAGCAACCUGAAGCUCAGGAGAGCGAAGAAAACGCAGAAGCCAAACCUGAAGAGCCCGAGGUUACCGAGGCGCCCCUGGAGGGCGAAACUGAGCCUACACCUGUUGAGGAAUCCAAAGAGCAGGAAACCUCAGCACCAGAACCCGAGUCCGAAUCCGAGCCCAAGGCUGAAUCUGAAUCCUAG